CCUUUAACUCUGUUCAAUGAUUCAUGUAUUCCUCCUCUUUACCUUAAUACUUUUCAUGUACCCGAAGUCGGGGUUCUUUUACUGUUCCCCUCUCUCACCUCACCUUCAUAAAAAUCUAAACUUUAUUAGUUUGGAAUAGAAUAAGCUACCCUUUCACUAUCCCCCAACCAUCCUACCUCUUGUUAACCCACACAAACAAAACACAGACCCAAGAAGUCGACAGCUACAUAUGUUACGAGGCCUGACAUGGAGGAAUUCGAGUAUGAAGAGCUGGUCAAAGCAACAGAGAGCUUCUCCCCCAGCAGGCUCAUUGGAAAAGGCAGCCAUGGAUGCGUCUACAGAGGUGUUCUCAGGGAUCACCGAGUGAUCGCCGUCAAAACACCGUCUCUUGGCCUUCGAGCCCUCCGCGACAACUCCAAGCUCCGCAACGAGACUCGCGUUUUAUCAUCACUUGCCGAGCCUCACAACUCUUCUUCUUCUUCUUCUUCUUCUUCUUCUUCUGCUGAUCAUGUGAUAAAGCUUCUAGGAACCAGCCAGGACCCAUCACAGAACAAGCUCCUGGUAAUGGAGUUCAUGCCCAAUGGCUCUCUCCACGACUUGCUUCAUCCUCCUCCAUCCAAUGAUGCCCCACCGCCGACUUGGCCCGCACGUCUGAGGAUCGCUCUCCAGGUGGCGCGCGCGCUCCAAUCCCUUCACGAGAGGAAGCCCUUCAUCGUCCACAGAGACAUCAAGUCCACCAACGUCCUGUUCGAUUCAGACUGGAACGCCAAGUUGGCCGAUUUCGGGCUCGCCGUGGUGGACGGCGAUGACCGACUCUACACGCCGGCCGGUACCAUCGGCUACUUGGACCCUAAUUACACUUGUCCUAGCAAGUUGAGCCGCAAAAAUGAUGUCUUCAGUCUUGGGGUUGUGUUGUUGGAGAUCAUGAGUGGGAGGAAAGCCAUGGAUGUGUCGAAGCAAACGGCCUCGAUAGUCGAUUGGGCAAUCUCCCUGAUUGAAGGGCAAAGAGUGAUGGACAUUUGUGAUCCCAGAAUCCCAUUGCCCAGCGUAGUACCCUUCACGCACAUGGUCCACAUCGCGGGACGUUGCGUAGCAGCCGACGGAGGCUCUCGACCAUCGGCCUCCGAAAUCGUCGCGGAGAUGGAGAGAGUUCUUAUCCAUCAUCGAGUUCGGGUACCGACUUGGCUCAGCCCGUGGGGGAGCCUAGUUUUGCUGAAGAGGUGGCGGGGAAAACAUGCCAGAAGAUGGGACACGAGCGCUUUGGUGAAACGUGGAGCACAAAAAGGAGAGAAUCAGGGAGAUAAGCUAAGUGGCGAAGGAAGUGUAGCUUGAGGGAUUGCAGUGGAGGAGGAUGAGGAGGAGGACGAUGAUGGUGUAUAAUACAUGAGAGGACCGAGUCGGGGCGAGAUGGGCGAUGACUGACUCGGUGGGUGAGUUGGAGAAGGAGAACCCGAGUUGGUCAACGGCGGGGGGCGGGGGAUGAAAUGGAAAUCCACGUCACGAGCUGCGGGGCAUGUAGUCCAAGCACAAGAUUCCCAAAAUAGUUGGUGGAGGCAGAAAAUGAAAAUUAAAGGGGGAAGAAUUCCUUGC